CAUCUUCACACAUUUAUUAUUGUUAUUGUGCACAAUGUGUACUUACCUACUGCAUGCAGAAACAUGCAAAUUUAUAAUGUUUAUCUUUUAUUUCUUUUGGGGUCCAGUAGUGUCUGCCGAAAUAAUAACCCUUUCUAACAAGCGAAAUAUUACAUGUGUAUUAACUGGUUCUGAAGUAAGUCAAAGUGUGUAUAUAAACCCACCACUUAAAACAGAUUUUGAUCAUUCUUCACACCAAACUGGUACCUGGAUUUACGAUGACUGGAGUAUAAUAAACUCAUCAAAUACAAAUCAAAGCUUAACACUUGAUAAACGUUGGGAAACAUUUAAACUCUUGGAUGAAAACAGAGGAUGCGCAUUGAAGAACAAUAAUCUGGUAUCAAUGUCAGUUUGCACCUCUGAUAAUAUAACAAUUACAAUUUAUUCCAACGACCAUUCUUCAGAGAAAUCAAUAACAGUAACAAUAAAACCAAUUCAUCAAAAAAUACCCAAAAACAAGUGCAGUUGGUACCAUUUCAGUAUUUUAAACAAGGAUCAAAUCGUAAAAAUUAUGUCACAAAAUGGAGAAGUUGCCCAAGAAGUUAAAUUAGAUUUUGAUGCCAGCUGGCUGUACUUUUCCCCCAAAAACAAAAUAGCUUGGAAAUUACAUGAAUAUUUGUACAGAGCUGCCAACCACAGCACAAAAGCAUUGGAAAGCAACGUUGCAAUUACAUUUGGCAAAAAUUUAUGCCUCUCCCUUUAUGUAUCUGUGGACAAAAACUGCUUCCUAGAUAUCAGUCUAGAAUCCAAUAAUAAAAUUAAAAGAACAACAGUACUGGGAUUCAAUGAAGAAAAUUCGUACAAAAAAUGGGAAAGAAUCGAGAUACAUGCUGAAGCCCCAGGACCAGGACAACUAUUUUUGGUUAGAGGAUUUACGCAAAUAGGAGUAAAAAGAGGCUUUUGGGCAAUUGAUGAUAUACGCUUUUGCCACCGAGAUAUGGAAAUAUAUAAAAUUGAAUCGAAUGAAAAUGUUGACGACCACGUAUGUGAAGUCUUAUACAAUUCAGAUCAAGUUUUACAAAAUAAUGAUCAAAAAAAUCUUUCCUGCAACGAUGCUAGAUUUUUUGCGAAACACUGUAACAUAAGUUGCACCACCGCGUUGGGAAAAUCGUUUCCUUACUGUGAAAAACACAGAAUUUGUUACAAUGAAUCGAGCUGUUCCUGCAGUUGGGGUUAUCAAGGGACAACUUGCGAGACACCGUGUGAUAGAGGUAGCUGGGGCUUGUUCUGUCAAAAGAAAUGCGACAAGGAGUGUUUCGAGUGCCACCCAUCGACAGGAAAAUGCCUAAUCAAUAAGACCGAAAAUGUAAACAUUGAAUACGAAAUACCAUUAAGUGUAGAACUAAUUUUACCUACAAAUUAUAACAAAAAUAAGAAAGAGACUACGUAUCAUUUGAAACUAUUAUGCGAAAGCCAAUGGUGCUUAAAUCAGGUUGUUGAAGAGAACGUGUUAACCAACUAUUCCACAAGGCUCGUAUUUAAGAAAUUUGUGCCUUUUACUAAUUACAGGCUCAUAGUAACAGCGCAAAAACAAAACCAUGCUUUUCAGGAAAGAUACUAUGCCAUCGAAGCAAAACCAUUUUUUCCUCCAGUAAUUAACAACCUGUCAGUUUAUAGCAAAAAUUUAACUACUUUGUGGAUAAGAUUUCAAGUUUCGGAGAAGAAUGGCACUUAUUACAUUUGGUACACUGAUCAAAAUGUCACAGUGCCACCGAAUAAAGUUACAGCAAGACAGUGCGAACUUUGGAGCAACUUUCUUUGUGGCAGAAUUGAAAAUUUACAACCUGCAACUAACUACAUUAUAGUUGUGGAAUCAAAGAAAACUAAAACUACUAAAUGGAAUGUAUCCCCACAAGUAUCGGCUCUGACUCUGGAAGAGGAGUCUGAAGCACCACAAAAUUUGCACCUAACAACGUCAGAUGACAAUGCUUAUAUAAAUUGGGAACAUCCAUUUGUUAUUAAUGGUCCAAUAAGAAAGUUCUAUGUCGUAAUAAAAACGAAUGGCAAAAUUGAAAACAAAACUGUUAAUGUUAAAAAAACACAAAAAAGUUACAAGUAUAAGAUUCCGAUGAAUUAUUGUUCUCAAAAUGAAAUAACCAUUUACGCACAAAAUCUGCUCAGAGGUAAGGAAAGUACGAUAAAUGUAACAUUUGGUUGUUCAUCUCUGCCAAAACUAUCUUCGAAACCCUUAAUAGAGACAUGCAAUAAAAUAAAGUGUGAAUUAAUAAUUCCGAAACCGAUUACACAACAGGAAAACAGCAAAUACAGUAUUCUGAUAACAAAAACCAACGGGAAUUACGAGCAAGGUAAAAUAAAAGAACUUUUCAAAAACUUUAGAAAUAAGAUACCCUCGAACAUACCGGAAAAAAAAAGAUGGCUGGUGUCACAAGUUAAUAAUUAUGAUCAGAAUUAUCUUCAGACCAAAGUUGGUUCUCGCCCAGGGGAAAUGAUUUCUUUGAACAAAAUUCAUUCAUAUUCAAUAUACCUAAUACAACAUAAUAUUCCAGCAGAUAAUAUUGUGGUUUAUCCUAUUAACAUUUCCAAAGAAAAAUUUGAACAAACAUGGUUAGAAUACAACACUAUGACGGUGUUUGCGUUUAUAUCAACAAUUUUAUUUUCAUUAUUUUUAUUACAGUAUUUUGUACUGCAUUUAAAGAGAAAGUUAAAAAAUAAAAAGACACAUUACGACAACAUCGUCACUGGAGAUGAGGCACUGUUAGGUAUGAAAAAUAAUCCAGAAAUGUCGAGUUUAAUUCACUUGGAAGAUUUCGAGCAAUAUGUAAAGAAUGCAGCAAUGACUGGAAAACUUACGAGAGAAUUCAGAGCACUCCCGACAACAUCAGCAGAAAGCACAACCACUGGGUUACUGAAUAAGAAUCAAAAUAAAAACAAGAACAGUUUUAACACGCCAUAUGAUUUCUCCAGGGUUAUUCUGAGCAAGUUGGAAGGGGUGGGAUCGGAUGACUACAUAAAUGCGAGUUACAUUAGUGGCUUUGAUCGUCCCAAGGUCUAUAUAGCUACACAAGGCCCCAAGUUCGCAACAAUUCGAGACUUUUGGAGGAUGAUUUGGCAGGAACAAGCCGAUACCAUAGUCAUGGCCACUAAUUUCAUGGAGGAUAAAAAACGAAAAUGUGGCGAAUAUUUUCCCCAAAGACUGGGAACGCUUUGCGAAUAUGGCGAAAUGAGAAUCAAAUUAGUUUCCGAGAGACUGUUUGAACAUUACGACAGCAGAAUUUUUGUGGUGUCUUAUAGAGAGAGUGAACGGCGAAUACAACAUUUACAGAUGAAAUGGAGUCCCGACGAUCUAAAACCACUUUAUGCCAACUGUCUUGUACCUCUAGUAAAACGUAUCAGAGAAAUCCGGAUGAAUAGCAAAAAACCUAUGGUAAUACAUUGCAGUUCUGGAAUGAACCGAACAGGAACUUUGAUUUUGUGCGACUUGGCCGAAACUGUAAAAGCUGUUGAUUUUUAUGCACUGCUUAAAAAGAUGCGAAACGAAAGACCCAAUAUGAUCACUAGUGAGAAGCAAUACGUGCUUGCACAUUUGGUUGUACUAGAGUGCCUCACUGAGGAAAAACACACUUUGAAAAAAGCUGUUGAGGAAAAUUUCAGUGAAACGUUUCUCAAAACCCAACUAAAUCACAUAGAGAGAUUGCAAUGGCUCGAUGAUGUGGUCAAGUCAUCGAAUCAACCCAAUAAUAAGGCUCCUUCCUACCGUUAUUUGGACGGAACGCGAAAAUUUUUAAUCACCCAACAACCAACACGCCUCCUUUGCAAUUUUUGGUGUGUUGUUGCCAACAAAAACGUGGAAGCAGUUAUAUUUUUAAACAAAACAACGAUUCCGAUGUGGCCUUAUCGAUUUAAAAAUUCCGACUCGACUUUCAAUAUUGAAGAACUAAAGUCAGUUGGCACAAAAUACUGCACCUCGACAACAUUGAUAAUUUCUGAAUGUAAUAAAGGCCGUACAGUUAGGAAGAAUGUUAUUUUCUUUCAAAUGAAUAUUUCGAAGCUGAAUGAACAAACAGACGACUUUCUCAACAUUGUGGAUGUUCUAGAAAGCACUUUCAAAUCUACUGGACCAAUUCUGGUCGCUUGUCAUGAUGGAAUAACACUCUGUGGUUUGUUCGUUACGUUAUCUCGUAUUAUUAACAAGCUGCUGAAAGACAGUGAAAUCGACGUUUGUGGUGCAAUUAGAUACGUGCGAAGAUGUAAUCCUCAGUUUGUAAAAACUUCAGAGCAAUUAGAGUUUCUCUACAGAGUUAUCAUGCAUUAUUUACAAAAAUUCGAUCGUUACGUUUACGUCGUUUAAAAAAACGCAUGAAGUAGGUACAUUUGCGCCCGAUAUGAGAUCUCGGAAAUAUUAUGAGACCACCUUUGUCAUAGAAAAUUAUUAGCAACUGGAGAAUUAAUUUUUACAAAGCUUAACAUUUUUGGAUGAGAAAAAGAUUUCAAAAUUUUGUCAGUGUCUAUCUUUGUUGUUCAGUUUUUACCUAACUACUGAGUUUAUAAGCAGGCGCAAAUGACCCUGAAAUCACAGGUAGGUAACAAGCUUAAUCCCGGAUCUGGUGCAUCUGACCCACUUUAUAUGAGAAAAUAGGCUUGCUUCCCUAGGGAAAAAUGGGAACAAAAGAAAAAAAAAUAAUUUUGUGUUCAGUUGAGUAAAACUGCGGCAAAAAUAUUGUUUCUUUACUUGCAUAAUAAGCUAGAAGAAUAUUUUGAAGUAUUGUUAAGGUUUUUUUCAAGAAAUGUACUUUCUUUUUCUAUUCGUAUAAUACACCUCCGUAUUAUAUUAUAUAUCCCAAAAUUGACUAAAAUAUUUUUUUAUGUUAUUUUCAGUUAUCAUAUUCUUGUAUGGGAAACUAAAAUUAAUAGCUUAUUAAAUAGAAUAGUAUAGUAUGUUUAUAAAUAAGUACUUAUAAUACUACAUCUCGUAUUUGCCCAAAAUAAAUAUAAAUAUGAUUACGUAAUA